AUGGUGAAGAAGCUUGGUUUGAAAACUCAAAAGCAUCCUAAACCUUACCGGCUGCAGUGGCUUAAUGAAGAAGGCGAGAUGAGGGUAUCUACUCAGGUUUCUAUACCCUUGUCCGUUGGAAGAUAUGAAGAUGAGAUACUCUGUGAUGUGAUACCAAUGGAAGCAAAAGACUAUUUGGUGCCUCUCACUCCUAAGGAAGUGCAUCAAGAUCAGUUACAGCUUCAGAAGAAGAAGGAAAUAGAUCUCAAACCCGAGCAACACAAGCAGCACAACUUCUAUGCCAAGAUUGGUAACAUCAAAAGAUCUCUUUACUCUAAUCAGCCUAUUCUUUUGCUUGUGUUUAAAGAAACUCUCUUGAAUCUAACUGAUUUUACACCGGAGUAUCCGAGUGAGGUGUCAGCUCUUUUACAGGACUUUGAAGAUGUAUUUCCUGAAGAUAAUCCAAUUGGUUUGCCUCCUAUACGUGGGAUUGAGCACCAGAUUGACUUUGUACCAGGUUCUACUCUUCCUAACAGGCCAGCAUACAGAACUAACCCGGUUGAGACUAAGGAGCUUCAGAGGCAGGUUGAGGAACUAAUGGAGAAAGGCCAUAUCCGUGAGAGCAUGAGUCCCUGUGCCGUACCAGUGCUUCUUGUGCCCAAGAAACAUGGGAGCUGGCGCAUGAUUGUUUGUGGUAGUUUACUUUGA